AUGGGAAACUGUCUCUUUGCAGGCUUCGGAGAGGUCGAUCAUGGAGUAACCAAAGUGGUCACAUCUAACGGAGGUAUAAUGGAAUUCUACGCUCCAAUAACCGUAGGAUGCAUCACCAAUGAAUUCCCUGCAGGCCACGGCAUUUUCCGCAGCCAUGAUCUUUUCUGGAAACCACUCCCUCACCAUGAAGAGCUCGUGGCCGGGGAGUCCUACUAUCUCCUCCCACUCAAUGACAGCACAGACGACAACACGCGCACGCACGGACAAAUCGUCCGGCGGCAAGGCCACGUUCGAUCCAUCAGUAGCGUAUCUUCGUCGUCGACGUUGGCUGCCCCAUAUAGGAUGUCACUCGAUUAUCAAGGGAUGCUGAAGAGAUCGUACACGGAGGUCUUCUCAAGGUACAACAAUGGCCCGUUCUGGAAAGUGAAGCUGGUGAUAUGCCCAGAGCAAUUGUUGGAGAUACUGUCGCAAGAGGCUCGCACUCAAGAGUUGAUACAGAGCGUAAGGACGGUGGCAAAGUGUGGUAAUAAUGGUGGGGUCUCGCCUACGGAGUUCUCAGAUGUAUGGAGCCUCUCAAGCAGUCGGAAUGCUUCCUCUAAGAAAGAAGGCUUAGUAGACAUUUUGGGGAAUUAA